UGGAGCCCCAACAUUGCUGGAGGUGAUAACCACACCCCCACCCAGGCUUCUGAUAAAAGCACCCAGAUGGGCUGACAGUGGGUAGAUGAUACAAGCAGGUGGGGUGGGUUGGUGUCUGUCCUGGGAAGUCUUGUGAGGGUGCCAUCUUGACUCCCCAGUCUCAAGAGCUCCUGCGAGGUGGGGAGUAUUCGGGUAGCCGGGCCCCCUGGGAGGGGUACAGAGCCAUGCCGCCCCUCUCUAAUUGAUGGGCUUUUGAGACAGUUUCAACUUGGUAGCCCUGACUAGGCUGGGACUUAAAAUGCAGCCCAGGCUGGUCUCGAACUCGGACCCGCCUGCCUCUGCGUGUGCUGCCACUGCCUGGAUGAACAUAUUUCUAUUUCCUGUGUGUGUGGGCACGUGUGUGCCUUGGUGCAUAUGUGAAAGGUCAGAGGACAAUUUGGCGAAUUGGUUCUCUUCUAACGUGGGCUUGGUGGAAGGAGGCAUCUUGCUAGCCCACUUCCCCUCUUUUAUGUAAAUGGGGUGAUAGGAGCCCUCUCUUGGGAGAUGUCAAACUGAGGGGCGCAGUGAGCCAGCCUUCCUGGCCCUGGUUCAUGUGUCUUUAUCCUGUAGACUUUCCCUCAGCAAGCGUUAAGCCCCUCGCUGCACGCCAGACUCAUGCUGUGACAUUUUAGGAACCCAGCACUGGGCCCCAGCUGGGGAGGGACAGAUGUCCUAUUGGGAGACCACCAGCAGAGUCAGAGGUCAUGCCCCUCUGGGAAGGGGUAGCUGGCAGCCAACAGAGCCAAGGUUUGGGCUUCAUCCUUGACUCCCAGCCAAGGUGGAGAUCUGACAAGCUCUUGUACAGCUGCUGGGCUGAAAAAAAAAGUACCAGUCCAGGCCUUCCCCGGAGGAGGCCAGACCCAGGCAGGGUGAGGCGUGGCCUGGUGGAAACUGCACCUUCGGGUCCCCCUCUGCUGGCCACGCCCCUCCUGGAGGAGUUUACAGGAUGUCACAACCUUGCCUGUUUUCAAGGCUGCAAAGCACCUAAGGCUUCCGAGUCGUCCCCAGUUCACCUCGGCCCCGCCUGAGUCAGAGGGUCAAGUCCAUAGCCACGCCCACAGGGCCGUUUCUGCGUGGUCCCCACCCACCUAACCCUUCUCCGGGCCAGGAGGUCCUGCAGUCAGGUGUCUAGGGCUUGGGAACGCUCCCUCGCCUGCAGCACCCCUCCGGGUAGAUGCCCGACGUUUCAGGGGCGGGGGAGUGUGCUCUGGGUACCAUACCGCCACCGGUGUGCACACGUGCGCCCCCAACCCCCCCCAGCGCGGGGCGGGCGCUGGCAGGCUCCCAGCGCAGCCAGGCGACCCUGCCCGGGCCUCUGUUUUCCCCGUGGCGGGAGCGAGGACCACGUGAGCAAGGCCGGUUGGGCCGCCGAUGUCUCCGCCGGUCGCCGCCGAGCUACUGCGGCAGCUGCGUUCCCAGCGGGCCGGCGCGGGCCGCGGGCGCCUCCACUGCAACCUGCUCCUGGCAGAGCGGAGCUUCUGGCAGAGUGGAACUAGGGGACGAGAGGCGGGGACCAGCCCCGCAGGGAGGCCCCGAAAGGGGAAGUGAGCGGCCCUUUGCCUGUGACUGGCCUGGCUGCGACAAGAAGUUUGCACGUUCCGAUGAGCUGGCCCGCCACCACCGGACGCACACGGGCGAGAAGCGGUUUCCCUGUCCCCUGUGCACCAAGCGCUUCACCCGCAGCGACCACCUGACCAAGCACGCCCGACGCCAUCCCGGCUUCCGUCCGGAACUGCUCCGGCGACCCGGUGCCCGCAGCGCCUCCCCCAGCGACUCGCUGCCCUGUAGCCUGGCUGGCAGCCCCUCCCCUAGCCCUGUCCCUAGCCCAGCUCCUGCCGCCUUGUAGAGCCCUGGCUACCCACCCUGAGAGUGGUCCGCUCGCCACGCAUCAGCAGGGAUUUCCAUCAAGGGACACGCCUGUCCUCUGGAAAGCCCGUGUCCUGGAGUCCCAGCCCACCUCAAGGAGGCAGCCAGGGUACUGAGAACGGACUUGGGUCACCUGGGGGCCUGGAAGGUGGCCUAGGGUUCUGUCUGUAAAUAGCCAUGAUCAGCUGUUCCAUUCCCUCUGCAGGGACCCCUAAAUGGGCAGUCAGCAGGCCCCCUUUCCCCUCCUGCCACCCUCUGCCUUCCCUCCUGGGUGGCACUGGGCACGAAGCCCAGACCCAGUACCACUCCUUCAGCCCCCAGUCACUCCUCCAGCUUGGGACACAGGUAUACAGAGCCAUAGGAGACUGGGGCUUCCCGCGGGCCCCAGCGUGUCCCCACUCCACUGAAAGCCAUUGGCGGAAGUUCAGGGAAAUGGGUCGUGCAGCCUGGCUGACGCCCUGCCAUGGGUACUCAAAUCUCAGGUGUCCACAGGUUCUGCCCUCAGUAAGGGCCUCCCCGCGCUCCUAGCCCCGGAAGUACAGGAGAUGCUACAGUUUUCAGAGGAGAACUUAGGGGGUCUCAGGCAGGGGUGUGGAGGUCCCUCACAGAGCAUCACCACUCACUUCAGGGUGGGGUGCUGGGCAGGUGGGAAACGUUAUUUAUUGUCCUCUCUGACUGCUGGUAAAGGGGCCCUGGCUUCCCCUAUCUGGGUGUGCAUAUGUGUGAGAGAGACAGUGGGUAUCUGAUGCCUGGGGCUCAGCCUCCCUGCUCCCACUGGGUUAGAGUCCCUGAGUUUGGCCUUGGUGGCCUUGCGUCUCAGACAAUCUUUUCUAGGACCCCUAUGGCCAUCAGGCUAGGGGUGUAGGGCUCUGCCAUGCCCUCCACAUUCCUGGGUGUCUGCAGAGGGUGGCCUUGGACUCCUGGGCUGAAAGCAGGGGCCUCAGCUCCCGGGCCUCCUGGGGUAGCUCAUUUUUUUGUUCUGUUUGGGUUUUUUUGUUUUGUUUUAUUUGCUUUUUUUAAUUUUUUUUUUUUUUUAAGGGAUAGACUAUUUUUUCAGGCUCUAGUUUCUUGUUCCAGGGGGUCCUUUUGUGUGGCCACCGUCCUCAGGGGUAUAAGUGUUGGGGGAAGGUCUCACGGUGAACAUGGAAGUGGAUUGGGGAGGUCUCUCUCAGGAGAGCCUUUCUCAGGGUCCUCUUUCUACUGCAGUUUGGAGUUCCUUUUCUAGAAAGGCAAUUAGGGACAACCCCCACCCCCCAGGAAUUGGGGACCCAGAGAUAGCUGAGCUGCCCUGUGUAGGCUGUGGGAGGUUUCUGGCCUACCCAGUUUGUUCCAGAACCUUCCAUCGUCCAGCGAGGGAGGCUUUGGGUAAAGCCACCUUUACCUGAGCCUAUGUUUGUGUGUGGGGAGGGGUUACCCUUCUAGAGCUGGGCUCGUAGGGUCCUGGCCCAGCCCUCCUCCCAGGUACUUCCAUUUGCCCCUUCUCUUUGGCCACAGAAAUGAGAUGCCUUAGUGGUGGGGUGGGGUGGGGGGCUGGGGCCCCAUUCUUCUUGUGUCUUUUGGAUGUAUCCUGCUUCAUCCGAGCUCUUGCUGGUCCCCUGUUCUUCCUGCAAACGGGGUCUGAGGUCCAUAAGCAACCAGAGCUUUCCUGCCUCCCUCCCUCCCUCCUAACUUCACGUUCUGGUUGGUCACUGGGACCUGGGUCUAACCAUUGAGGGGCAGCCAGGACAAGAGUCUAAGGGAUUUUGUUCUUUCUGUGGGGGCACCCCUCCUCCAUUCCGCCUGGCCUCUCACCCUUGUAUUUAAUUAAAGAAGCCCUUUUUUAAAACCUG